CGAUCAGUGGCUGGAGUUCAUCGAGCGACCGAUCUCACCGACUGGGCGCCCUGCUGCCGACGCCCACUUGUUCUAGCUUCUCGUGAGCCCAAAGGCUUGUUACUCCAGUCAACCUGCCACGGUGGCGGGAGUGGAAGCGAUCGAAGGCAACAAGCUGCGGUGGUUAGGAUACAGCUCAUGGGGUGUGGCGGUAGUGCCGCGCUGCCGCUGCUCGCCCUCGCCUUCGUGUCGCCAUGGCAGGCCGUGGCGGCCGCCGCGGGCAACGGGACAGCGGCCGCCGCCGGCGGCAGGCCGCGGGUGCCGGCCCUCCUGGUGUUCGGCGACUCCAUCGUCGACACGGGCAACAACAACGCCGUCCUCACGCUCACCAGGUCCGACUUCCGCCCGUACGGCAAGGACCUCAACGGCGGCGUCCCCACCGGUCGCUUCUCCAACGGCCGGAUCCCCACCGACUUGCUAGCGUCGCGUCUCGGCCUCAAGGACCUGGUUCCGGCGUACCUCGGCACUGACCUCACCGACGACGACCUCCUCACCGGCGUCAGCUUCGCUUCAGCGGGCACCGGCUACGACCCCCUCACCUCCACUCUAGUGGCCGUCCUGCCGAUGCAGGAGGAGCUCAAUAUGUUCACCGAGUACAGGGAGAAGCUGGCAGGGAUCGUCGGAGAAGAGGCCGCCGCGGGCAUCGUGGCCGAGAGCCUGUUCUUGGUCUGCGCCGGCACGGACGACAUCGCCAACAACUACUACCUCGCCCCGGUCAGGCCUCUGCAGUACGACAUCUCGGCGUACGUCGAUUUCCUAGUUCAGCAGGCCUGCGACUUCAUGAAGCAACUGUACCAGCAAGGUGCCAGGCGGAUCGCGAUCCUGGGGCUCCCGCCCGUCGGGUGCGUGCCGUCGCAGCGGACCCUCGCCAGGGACUGCGACCCGGCGCGCAACCGCGCGGCGCGGGUGUUCAACUCCCGGCUGCAGGCGGCGGUCGCGCGUCUCCAGGGGGAGCUCCGCUGCCAGAGGAUCGGCUACGUGGACAUCUACGACGUCCUGCGCGACAUGAUCGCCGACCCCUGCAAAUACGGGUUUGACGUCUCGACGAGAGGAUGCUGCGGCACCGGGGUGUUCGAGGUGUCGCUCCUGUGCAACCAGCUGACGGCGGCGACGUGCCCCGACGACCGCAAGUACGUGUUCUGGGACAGCUUCCAUCCUACCGAGAGGGCUUACGAGAUCAUCGUGGACUAUCUGUUCCCAAGAUACGUAGAGAAGCUGCUGUGAUCGUUGGUGCUCUAUUGAUUGGUUCUGCCUGUGUCGAUGGCGUUGCUCGCAGAGACAGCGAAGACAUCGGGCAGUUGUUCCACUUCUUCAUCUAUCUAAUAAUAAACAAACAAACAAAACGAGAAAUUCAACGGAUGUGAGUGGUGCUGGUGCGCAACACAUUUGGUUUUACUCUCUUGCAGCACUGUAUAACACAGUUUGGACAGUGAACACAAGAUUUCGCCUACUUUCGUAUUGUCUGGAGUACAUUCGUGUGAACAGAGUGGUGGAUAGACAUUUUUGUGAUUAUUGUUUCCUCCAGUAUUUUAGAGUUGAGGAAUUACCUUUUUGUGCGUGACACAAGGAGCUUUAUAAUUUUUGUCAGUAUUACAGAAGCAA